AUGACACAAACACGUAUUCCAGUACCGAGACGUGGCCGUCCACGUAAGAGGGCGAUAGAUUCUCCGGAGACAGAGUCCCCAGAGAGAUCUGCUGUGGUCAAGCCUGUCCGUCAGGGACAGACUCCUCAGGGUAUUGUGGGUACGUCAGAUUAUCAGAUCCUGACAGUUCCGACUUCAAAGGUACCUACCUCGACAGUACCACCAAUGGUAGCAUCGUCGGCAUAUCCGGCGUCUCCCCCAUCAGCACUAUCUGUGGCAUAUUUGGCACUCCCUCUAGCCAUGUUUGCUACUGCGUACUCGGUACCACAAAUACCUAUGCCAGUUACUACAUACUCGUCACCUGUACCAGCAGUACUGGUUGUUUCUUACCCGGUACUACCCACCGUACCUUUAGUCGCCCCUACUUAUGUUUACUCUAUAGUUCCACCAGCAAUACCUACCCCGGUUUAUGCAGCAACAUCAGGGAUACCUCUUCCGACCUAUCCAGCAGUACCACCCAUAGGAUCAGCUCCAGUGGUUCUGCCCAGUUCCAUCUCGAUCCCUACUGAUAUGGUUGUGGCACGAGCACGGAUCCCAGCCUUGGCAGAGUCAGUAAAAAGUCAAUUCACAUUGUUCCAUGGGGGAGACUGA